UCUAUCAUCAUCCUGACUGGAACACAGGAACGACAUCAUCAUCAUCAUCAUCCACCCUGACAAGGACAACCGCUCCCAGAGUAACACACAGGGACAGGACAUUUGAUUUUGAAAAAGGGUGAAAAUCGCAUCGACAGUGGCAAGAUGUUGGCCUGCACAGAGAUGAUAACCAUGUGUCUUCAAUCUGCCAAACACGAACACCUGAGAAAACAGCAGGAGCUGGACCAUAACAAGAACCAAGGCUUUUCUCUGGUUCAGGAUAUUUUCCACCGGGCAGAUAAAAAUGACGAUGGGAAGCUGUCCUUGGAGGAGUUCCAGUCAUACUUCACUGAUGGUAUCCUGACUGACGAGCAGAUGCAGGAGCUGUAUUACUCCAUCGACAGGCAGCAGACAGACAACUUGGACAUAGACAAACUCUCAGCGUACUUCACUCCACAUCUGGGAGAAUACGUCAAUGUCCUGUCUGCUCUGGAAAAGCUGAAUGUUGCCAUACUGAAGGCCAUGGAUAAAACUAAAGAGGAGUAUCAGGGUUCAUCAGUGCUGGGUCAGUUUGUGACCCGCUUCCUGCUGAGGGAGACCUCCACCCAGCUGCAGUCCCUUCAGUCAUCUCUGGACUGUGCUAUGGAGGCAGUUCAUGACCAGGGAUGCACAGGGAGGAGGGUGCUAAAAAAACCAGAGGACCUGCCCAUUCAGAGGGUGGCCAAACGCCCUGGCCGACGCAUCCAGAAGAACAUGUGUCUGUCUCCUACUGACCCCUACUCUGGCAUGCUCACCACAGGGGUCAGCGUGGAGCCAGACAAUCACUGGGGCUCCCAGAUCAACCAGCUGGAGCAGCUCAUUGACAAACUGGAGUGUGAGAGUCCACACCUUGAACCUCUCAAAGAGGAUACACUGGCAGGGACAUAUAAAUCGAACAUUCUUCUUGUCCAGCGGCAAAUGUCAGUGAAGGAGAGGGAUGUGGAUCAGUUUCAGCAAGCUCUAAAGAUUUACACAGAUGCCACCUGCAGCCAGCUAAACAACCUGCACGUUUCAGUCCAGAAUCUGCCCGACAGAUCAUGCUUCAUCAUGUAUGAGUUUUGGCAGGAUCGUCUCUCUUGGAUGAGCUACCUGCAGUCAUCCAUCAGUAAGACCUUCCAGCGAUGCAUUAUUGACACGCUGGAGGAACCGGAGAUAGUCUCCACCAUGCUCCUCCCAGGUUUAAAGACUUGCACAUCUCCUGAGAUCCUUGGUACUCCCCUGCAAGGUCCUGGACCCCAAGCCUCUUGGUGGAUUAUGAACAACAACAACUGACAGAAUGAACUGGCUGCUGCUAAUCAACCUAAUAAAAGCAGGAGGGAGAGGAGGUUAUAAUGAUGGUUUCUUUACUUUCUUUGAUAUCCACUUUUUCCUCAUGGCAUGACCAGGAUUGUUUUUUUAAAGCUUUGCUCUGAGGUUAUAUUAAAAACAAAGAUUCUUUGGGGGAAUCAGUUAACAGAGAAGCAACUUGAAACCUUGGAGAGAAGGAAUAGAACUAAUGCAAUAUUUUAUUGUUUGAUGAGGAUAUGUGUCAACAAAAAUUUGACAGUUUUGGCACAUGAUUGCCUAAAGUUUGAUAGGAAUAUCUGCAUGGUUUGUUUCUUCUUAGUGCUAGUUUAUUUUGAUCAAAGCUACAUCUUUAGAGUAGAUUAAAUGUCAAUGAUACCACACGAAUAAAAAAAACAUAAAUGACACCUGAUCUGUCCAUCUAUCACUUUCCAUCACUUCUUCUUGAGUACGGUCAAAAAACAGACACAGUGCUAAGAUUAACCUGCAUUCUCCUUGUUCUCUAUGUGGUAUUGUGCUUUGUUGUCUCCUUCAAAGCUUUGCUACCAAUCGUCUUUCUGUUGAUUAAAUAGACAGUCAGUAGAAGAAAAGUACAUGAUAAAAGGUCCCCAUCUCUUUUUUGUGUGUCACUCCUGCACUUUUAAAAAACAUUGAACAUGGACCUUAACGUGAACAGUUGAUUAUUUAUUGUAGACUGUCUAUUGAAAAUAUAGAAUAAGUGCUGUGAAAAUGAGCCACUGCAUUGAGGUGCAGUGAGGCAUCAGCAGAGAUUGCAAGAAACCAAAUAAUUCUGCUGUCUGCCUGUACUGUAACUUUAGAUCUAAAAUUCAAAGCCAUUAAUUUACAUUUGCAGUGUGUAUUCAUAAGGGAUUAAAGGAACAGCACACUCAAAUAGAAGUUUAUAUUUUGAGUACAGAAGUAGAAACUAUAGAUUAGAAAGACUGUCUAAGAAGAUUGUGUACAGUAGUUAAAGAGAGCUCUAAGUGUGUAAGUAAUUGUCGUAGACAAAUGCUAAAUGUACAGUAUGAUAGUUUACUGAGAUUUGAUUUAUGCUCUGUUAAUAGGAGGAAUGAAUGUGUUUACUCUUUCUUUUAGGUGUUUCUUAAUUCCUUUAAGGAUAAAAUGUCGUUAUG